UUGUGGAGGAGCCCGAAUGGAGAAAUCGAGACCUACGUUAUGGACGUCGCCACCUUCGGCGCAUCCUGUUCGCCGUGUACUGCUCAGUUUAUUAAAAAUCAAAACGCAGAAGGAUUUUCGCAAACGUUUCCCAGAGCUGCAAGUGCUAUCACUAAGAGUCAUUAUGUCGAUGACUUCCUCGACAGCACGGACACAGUGGAGGAAGCUAUCCAGCUUGUGAACCAAGUAAAGGUCAUACACCGAGAGGCAGGAUUCGACAUCAGGAAGUUCAAGUCAAACGCUCCGGAAGUGCUCGUCGCGGCAGAUGAAGCGAACAUGUCUGCUGAGAAGUCCAUCAACUGCGAAAAGCACACAGUCUCCGAUCGGGUACUUGGACUCGUAUGGAACCCCACCGAAGAUGUUUUCUCGUUCGACGUGUCAAGCUUAAUUGUGGAAAGGAUUCUCAGUGGAGGAGUAAUCCCAACGAAACGCCAAGUUCUUCAAGUGGUGAUGAAACUGUUCGACCCACUCGGAUUUGUUUCCCACUUCACGGUUCAUGGUAAAAUUUUGAUGCAGGAGAUAUGGAGGACUGGAACCAACUGGGACGAACCUAUCGAUCAGAAUUUGCUUGACAUGUGGUACCGCUGGACCGAACUUUUGCCGUUACUUGGAGUGGUUAAAAUACCACGCUGCUACUUUGGAACACUGUCAUCGAAAUCUCUACAAAACCUCCAAGUGCACAUAUUCGUGGAUGCAAGCGAGGUAGCAUAUGCCUGUGUAGCAUAUCUUCGCCUGCGUUGUACUGAGGGAAUACGAUGUGCCUUUGUAGCGUCGAAGACAAAAGUCGCCCCCCUAAAACCGCUCUCCAUUCCGCGGCUGGAGCUGCAGGCAGCUAUGAUCGGGGCUCGGCUGAUGCAAACCAUAUGCUCGUCCCUCACACUACCAAUCAGCAAACGCGUUCUAUGGUCAGAUUCUACGACCGUAUUAGCAUGGCUUCGGUCGGAUAGCCGGCGAUACCACCAAUUCAUCGGAUUUCGUGUAGGCGAAAUACUAUCUCUUACUGCCAUGGACGAGUGGAGAUACGUACCAUCUAACGACAACGUAGCGGACGAAGCGACGAAGUGGGCGGCGGGACCGAACUUCAACCCCGACUCCCGCUGGUACACAGGCCCAGAGUUCCUGGCAAACCCCGAAAGUGAAUGGCCAACGAAAGAAGAACGAUCCAGCACGACUACUGAAGAACUGAGACCGGUAUAUUUGCACCGUCACCUGUUGAUGGAGAAACUGAUCGACGAGACCCGCUUCUCUAAUUGGAACCGGAUGGUACGGGCUAUGGCCUACGUGUAUCGAGCAGUCGCAAUAUGGAGAAAACGAAUUUCAGCAAUGCAUCGUGGAGCACCUUUAACGCGCGUAGAACUGCAGGCAGCGGAGAAUGCAGUAUUUCGUCAGGCACAGGCUGAAACAUAUCCUGAUGAGCUGGCAUUACUGAGUAAUCAAGCGACAAUGACGAAAGCAAGCCCGCUGUACACCUUGACCCCUUUCUUAGAUGACCACGGAGUUGUUCGAAUGGGAAGUCGAAUCGAGGCAGCUCCAGAAGCCAGUUACUCUGCAAAAUACCCGAUCAUAUUGUCUAAACAUCAUCCCACUACGGCACUGCUGACGGAGGGUUUCCACCGACGAUACCUGCAUGGAAAUAAUGAAACGGUCCACAAUGAAAUGAGACAGCAAUAUUACAUCUCCGGUCUGCGUGCCCUGAUUCGUAAGACCUCCCGAGGAUGUCAGGUAUGUAAGAUCAAAAAGGCGAUCCCUCAGCCUCCAAUCAUGGCUCCACUGCCCAGGGUUAGGCUCACACCGUUUGUGCGGGCCUUCACGUACGUUGGUGUUGACUAUUUCGGUCCGUUGGAGGUGAAGGUUGGGCGAAGCAUAGUGAAGAGAUGGGCAGCUCUAUUCACUUGUUUGACGGUUAGAGCUGUCCAUUUGGAGCUUACCCAUAGUCUCUCGGCGAAAUCGUGUAUUAUGGCCUUUCGCCGGUUUGUGGUCAGGCGAGGAGCCCCUCUCGAAGUAUAUUCGGACAAUGGGACCAAUUUCGUUGGGGCUAGCCGUCAACUGUCUGAGGAAUUGAAAACAAUCCAGGAUAUCAACUCGCAGUGUGCUUCGACCUUCACCAACACCUACACCACGUGGCAUUUCAACGCCCCCGCUGCUCCCCACAUGGGUGGGCCGUGGGAACGUUUAGUGAGGUCGGUGAAAACAGCGAUGAAGGCCAUCUUGGACUGUCCCCAGUACCUUAGCGACGAAGUUCUCGAAACUGUUCUGCUAGAAGCCGAAGGAAUAGUGAAUUCCCGACCACUUACAUACGUACCCUUGGAACAAGCCGACGACGAGGCCUUAACCCCGAAUCAUUUUCUUUUGUACGGGUCAACCGGGGUGAACCAGCCAGAAGGGCCAUUAUCAAUUGACGGAGAACAUCUACGAGAAGGACGAGCGUUAACACAGCGUAUUGUAAACGAUUUCUGGCGUAGGUGGGUACUUGAAUAUCUGCCCAUGCUCACAAGGCGCACCAAAUGGUUCGAAAAGGUAAAACCUCUUGAACCUGGUGAUCUAGUCGUAGUAAUCGAUGAGAAAGUAAGGAACAGUUGGAUUAGAGGGCGCAUUCUAGACGUCGUGAAGGGAGCUGAUGGUCAAGUACGGCGGGCAACAGUGCAAACCGCUAAAGGAAUUCUCUCCAGGGGUGCUGUGAAGCUCGCUUUGCUCGAUGUGAAGCCUGGAAGUACAUCGGUUACUGGAGACGAUCAUCCGGCUAAUGGGACAGCUCACGGGCGGGGGGAUGUUGCUGUGACUGGGCACACUGGUACGUGAGUCUGCCAGCCACUCCCUCGGACGAACGUCAGAUGUAAAGAGAAGAAGAGGAGAAAAGGGAA